AAAUUUUAUCGAAGUGGUAUUAAAUAAAAACGAUGAACUCCAAAUUAAUUUAUCCGUUUAGUUUAGCUAAACGUAUGUACUCCGGAGUUGGGAAUAAGGUUCAAGCUCAAAAAUAUGUUUUAACUAAAUACUUUCAAGGGGAACCAAAACGAACAGAUUUUCAGAUCGUAAAAGAGGAGCUUCCGGAGUUAAAAGAAGGAGAAAUAUUGGCCGAAGCUGAAUAUUUGAGUGUUGAUCCGUACAUGAGAGCUUACAUGAUCGGUUACAAGUUACCAGCUGAUAUGAUCGGAGGACAAGUAGCGAAAAUCAUAGCGAGUCGCAAUAAAAAAUACGACGUGGGAAAAUAUGUGACUGGGUCAUUUGGAUGGCGUACACAUACGAUUGUAAACCCAGAUGGGAACCAGACUGGUAUGUUGCCUAUUACACUUCUACCAGAUCUUGGUUCGUAUCCGGUUUCUCUAGCUUUAGGAGUCCUUGGCAUGCCCGGUAACACUGCUUAUUUUGGCCUGAAAGAAAUAUGCCAGCCAAAACCUGGAGAAACCAUUGUAAUCACGGGUGCUGCUGGGGCCGUUGGUUCACACGUCGGACAAAUAGGAAAAUCGUUAGGUUGCCGUGUUGUCGGUUUUGCUGGAACCGAUGAUAAAUGUCAAUAUUUAGAGAAAGAGCUUGGUUUCGAUCGUGCUUUUAACUACAAAACUGUGAAUAUUCGAGCUGCACUUAAAGAGGGUUGUCCCAAAAAGGUUGAUUGUUACUUUGACAACGUCGGUGGUGAAAUCAGCUCAACUAUAAUGAAUUACAUGAACAAAUAUGGAAGAGUAGCUGUUUGUGGUUCUAUUUCAUCGUAUAAUGAUGUCAACGUGCCAAAAGUUUCGAUACUGCAGCCAGCUAUUGUAUUUAAAGAAUUGAAAGUAGAAGGUUUCUUAGUCAAUCGCUGGACUGAUCGUUGGGAUGAAGGUAUCAACGCUAAUCUGAACUGGUUACGGGAAGGAAAGUUAAAGUAUCAAGAAAAAGUAUACCAUGGUUUUGAAAAUAUGGUUGAUGCUCUCGUCGGUAUGCUAAGAGGUGAAAAUACUGGUAAAGCUGUAGUCAAAGUAAAAUGAUUGGUACUUUUGUUCCUAUAUUAUAAAGUAUUAUUCGUGAAA